AUGUAUAAGUCUGUGCUGCUCAAACAAGGAUUUAAAAGUUUUGGCUUAUUUCAAAUUAGAUACUAUAGACAGAGAACUAAUAUUACCAAUUUAUCUCACAUUCCAAGUCUGAGGACUAAAAAUAUACAAAAGACAACAGAAUUACUGCAACUAAAUGUCAAUUCAAAAAAAGAUGAAAUCGAAAGUCUGAAAAAAUUGGGUUUUGAUUUAGACAAUACCACUUUAGAUGACGAUGGUAAUGGAAAUUCUAACUUUGAUGAUAUUUUAAUAGAAUAUUUGAAAUUCACAAGUUCUGUUUAUAAAAAAAGUACAAAGAGUUUGAAUAAAUUGAAAUUACAACUAAAAAAUGCUGAUCAACUCGAAGGCAAAACAAAAUUGAAUAUUUUGAUAGAUUUUUUACUAAAUGAAUUUAGAAUUGAAAUUAAUAUUUAUGAAAGAGAAGGAAUCAAUGGUCUUGAAAAAAUGCGUCAAUAUAACUCAGAUAUCGCAGAAUUAAAUAAAGAUAUAGACGAUGAAAAUUAUUUACUAUCUCAAUUGUUCAAAACUUCGGAAAAUAUUCAAGAUGACAACACCAGCAACAAUGGAAGUUUAUUCAAUAAUGCAAACUUUAUUUUUAAUAUUUUAUCAAAUAUUAAAAAGGAAAUUAAAUUACCUUAUAUCAUCAACGAGUUACCAAUUCCUGUGGAACAAAUAGCUGAGAUUUUUGAGAUUUCAAAACAAUUACCACUCGAAUCAGAUAGCAUGAAAGGCAUAUAUCUAUCUGGUAGUAUCUUAUAUGGAACCGGGAAAAUUAGAAUGGAUCCAGUAAAUGAAUCAUUUUAUAUCAAUUCAUUAGUUAAAUUUAAGAAAUAUGAUCAAGCUUUACAACUUUUCAAUUCUAGAAAAUUAGAGAUAAAUCAAAGGUGGUGGUACGAACUUGGAAUGACUACUGCUUUGAAAAGUAAUAAUAUCAAUACAUUUGAUAAAUUACUUAUUGAAACCGAUAAGAAUUUUAAUACUAAUUCUUAUUUGAAACCAAAUAUUUUAACUUUAGCUGUAAGGAAAAAAAUUCAACUUGGAAAUUUAAACGUGGUUGAUAAAUUGAUGGAUAGAUUCAUUAAAUGUUUACAAAAUUUUGGUUAUGAUAAUGUUGACUCUCCAAAAAAACCAUUUAUUCAGUUUAAUGAUGAAGAUCAAGCAAACGAAUACCUGAAUGCAAUGGUAAAACCAAAUGUAUCUGAUAUGGCUAUAUUGUUAUCAUAUCUAAUGCAUAGGAAAAAUUUAGACAAAGCAAUACAAUUGAUUGAAACUAUUAUAGCUUUACCUAAUUUGAGAAAAAAUGACCUAGUAUUUGUAAUCAAAUAUAACAAAUUAAACCUAUUGAAGAAUUCUGCAUUAUUAACUGAUCGUAUUUCAAAAAAUUACAUUAAUAGAGAUAAAGAAGCUAAAGCUACUUUGAAAAAGUUUGAAAAAGUGUUAAGUGAGUUAAUCGAAGAAACAUAUUCUAAUUCAGUUUAUAAGGAUUUUUUCUACGAAUCAUUCGAGUCUCUUUCUGAAAAUCCAGUUCUUACUUCCAUGCUACAUGAUUUUAUAACAGAGUAUCCAUUAAGUGCUUCAAAGUUUAGCGAUUCCCCUGAUAGACUUCAACAAUUAUUCAAAUUCCUAUUAAAAACAGAUUAUUACAAUAAAGCUAUGAAAUUAUUAAAUAAGGUAGAAUAUCUAAAUUCUAGCCAAAAUGAGAACUCAAAGGAAAUUGACACAUCUUCUAACAAUUCGUUAAGUGCUAUUCAUUAUGGUGAGUUUUUGGAUUAUUAUUUAACUAAAUCAAUUAAUGGCUAUAAAAGAAAAUCAAAAAUUUAUAAUGAUAAAGUUGGUGAACUAGUUGAAAGAAUGGAAAAAAACAAUAUAACUAUCGAUUUUGAAUUUGUUUCCAAACUAUUAACGUUCUACCGUCAACAUAGAGAUUUCAAUAAUUGCUUCAAGAUCAUAAAUCAAAUUCUUUCAGCAAAAUUAGAAGACCCUAAAGAUAGUGAGGUAAUUGAUGAAAUUCCAACUGAAUUGUAUAUGGAGAUCUGGGAAUGCUAUAGAAGUUACUAUAAAUACUUUAUUGAUGUAGGAGAAAAUAUGAAUCCAAAAAGUAACUCCAAUUCAUGGAACACGAUUGUAAAAAAGACUACAGAGGACACAUUUGUUCACCCAACACACUCAUGUAGGGAACUAUUUAAUUUGUUAGUACAUCAAGAUGAAAUAUUACCAAGUGAGAAGUUUUAUAAUGUCAUUAUUAAAACUAUGCUCAGUGGAAACGAUUUUGCCUCUCUCCCACCUAUUUUAAUCUUUAUGUAUGAGGUUCAUGGAAUUGUCUUGGAUAAAAAGAUGUCAAAAUUCGUAAUGAAAGGUUUAGAAAGGGCAUAUAUCAAUAGUCAUCUUAGAUCAAAAGGAGCAUCUGUAGAUGUGAAUAAAAAUUCUCUGGAAAAUGUUACGAAGCAUAUUAAACAAAUUAAAGAGAGUGGUAAAAUACUUAAGGAUAUCCAAGAGGAUGAUAUACCUAAUUUUAAAAUAUCGGAAGAGGUCAUUAGACUUCUGAAACACCAUAAAACUGAUGUUAUACCUGAAAAAGAGGUAAUAUCAGCUGCAUCUUCAAUGAACAUAGAUAGUCCCUUAUUAAGGGAUAUACUUAAACCUGUAAAUAAUCUGCAUUAA